AAUCGAUGUGCUCGCAGCAGUGCUCCAAGGAGAAACAAACAUGGAGCACUCCGAGGACGGGAAGGCUUUUAGGCCUUUCAGCCCGUAUUAUGCUGAUGAUAUGGCCGAUACUUUCGUGGAAGCUUCCAAGCGCUACAAACUGAGUGUGAUCGGCGAAUAUUGGUCCCCAGUCACGUGUGGCCUCGGCGGGUUCGGAGGAGUCGUUUUGAGGAAUCUCUUCAUCAAGAGGCCUAUGCUGUCCGGAAUCCAAUUGCAUAUUCUGGCUGCUACUGUGGGUGCUCUAGUGGGGAAGUAUGCAGACAACAUGUACCGCAAGCAAACAGCUCAGAGAGACGCAAUCUACACUCACUACAUGCACCUUCAUCCAGAGCGCUUCCCCAAACCAGAGAGGAAAACCUUUGGGGAAAUCUUCGAAUCCUGGAACCCAGCUCGUUGAGUUGUCAUUGGACUUACUUGUGUGAUUAGUAACUGUGUGUGUGAAUUAGGCAGAGAAAUUCUUUAUAAAUGAUUGUUCCCAUAGAUUAAAA